CUACAUUUGGAGUCCUGGCACACAAAGCGUUAACAGGGCUGACGGUUGAUCAGGCUAAAGUUUCUCGUCUAUCGCCCUGACUUGCUGUGGUCCUGUGGGCGGGUCACACUGAGAUACGACUGAGUGAGUGUCACGCAGCAGGGCCGUGGGCCGCUGAGAGGGGGGUCGGUUAUGCUCUCAGGUGCGUCGGUAGUUAGUUUGUAGCGUUUGAGCAGUUCCUCAGUCAUGUCGCGGAUAUUAAACCUGAUAAACACUCGGCUGCGCACAGAUCUGGCGGCGUGUCGGUGCGUCGCUCGGCUUCCUGUGCGGACCAUCUGCUGCACGUCCAGAAAACGCGCCGAGGAGAGCGAUGCCUCCUCAGUUUUGGCAAAAAGGUGGAAGGACACAGCGGAGACUGUCGUCAUUGGCGGCGGAUGCGUCGGGGUCAGCCUGGCGUAUCACCUGGCCAAAGGUGGCAUGAAGGAUGUGGUGCUGCUGGAGAAGUCUGAGCUGACGGCUGGAUCCACCUGGCACGCUGCUGGUUUGACAACAUACUACCAUCCAGGCAUCAACCUCAAGAGAGUCCACUAUGACAGUAUUAAACUAUAUGAGACGCUGGAAGCUGAAACUGGACAGGCAGUGGGCUUACAUCAGCCCGGCAGUGUCCGAAUCGCUUCAACGGCAGCUCGAGUGGAUGAGAUGAAGUACCAGAUGACCCGCACGCACUGGAAUGUGACGCCACAGUACCUGAUCGGACCAGAGAAAAUCCAAGAACUUUUCCCUCUGCUCAAUAUGGACAAGGUGUUGGCUGGCCUGUACACCCCAGGAGACGGCCACAUUGACCCGUACUCUCUCACUAUGGCUCUGGCUGCUGGCGCUCGUAUGUACGGUGCCCAGAUCUAUAACCCGGCCCCGGUCACCGCGCUCAGCCCGACCGCUGAUGGCAAGUGGGAUGUCCAGACUCCUCAUGGAACCAUCCGUGCAAACCGCAUCGUCAACGCAACAGGUUUCUGGGCCCGUGAGGUGGGCAAGAUGAUUGGGUUCGAGCACCCCACCAUCCCAGUGCACCACCAGUACGUCGUCACAGCAACAAUACCGGAGGUGAAGGCUCUGAAGAAGGAGUUGGCUGUCAUCAGGGAUCUGGAGUCUUCUUACUACCUGCGUCAGGAAAGGGACGGCCUUCUGUUUGGCCCGUAUGAAAAGAUGGAGAAGAUGAAACUGCAGGAUUCCUGGGUCAGAGAUGGAGUACCUCCAGGUUUCGGUAAGGAGUUGUUUGAGUCAGACCUCGACAGGAUAAUGGAGCAUGUUGAGAUGGCAAUGGAGAUGGUUCCUGUGCUAAAGAAAGCUGACAUCAUCAACAUUGUGUCUGGACCAAUCACAUACACCCCUGACCUCCUGCCCAUGGUCGGACCACACCAAGGAGUUCGCAACUAUUGGACAGCCAUUGGCUUUGGGUAUGGAGUCAUCCACGCCGGUGGUAUAGGUAAGUUCCUGAGCGACUGGAUCAGGAAUGGAGAGCCUCCUUACGACCUGAUUGAAUGUGACCCCAACCGCUACGGUAAAUGGGCUGAUGUGCCGUACAUGUGUGCCAAAGCUCGAGAGUCCUAUGGCUUCAACAAUGUGGUGGGUUACCCCAAGGAGGAGCGUUUCGCUGGUCGACCAACCUACCGGACAAGCGGUGUUUACGAGCUGCUGAAGGACAAAGCAUCCAUGGGCUUUCACGCUGGCUGGGAACAGCCUCACUGGUUCUACAAACAAGGAGAUGACACUGGAUACAAGCCCAGUUUCCGACGCACCAACUGGUUCGGACCAGUUGGCAGAGAGUGCAAGCUGGUGAUGGAGAAGGUGGGAGUGAUCGACCUGACGCCUUUUGGAAAGUUCAUAGUGAAGGGGAAGGACUCGCAAAAGCUGCUGGACCGCCUGUUUGCUAACACCAUGCCCAAGGUGGGCUUGACAAACAUCAGUCACAUGUUGACACCCACUGGGAGAGUCUUUGCCGAGGUCACCAUCACCCAGCUGGCACCAGGAGAGUUUUUGCUCAUCACAGGCUCGGGGUCAGAGGGUCACGACCUCAGGUGGAUAGAGGCGGAGGCUGCAGACGGCGGAUAUGAUGUCGACAUCAGCAACGUAACAGAAGAUAUCGGUGUGCUGGGCAUCGCAGGACCAAACUCCCGCAAAGUUCUGCAGAAACUGACAAAUGAGGAUUUGAGUGAUGACGGAUUCAAAUUUCUCCACUGCAAGACAAUCAGGUUGGCCGGCAUUCCUGUCCGGGCCAUCAGGAUCUCCUACACAGGUGAGCUCGGGUGGGAGCUGUACAUCGACCAGAAGAACAUGGCUGCCAUCUACCAGGCCGUGAUGGAGGCGGGAAAAGACGACGGCAUCGACAAUUUCGGCACCUACGCCAUGUCCUCCCUCAGGCUGGAAAAGGGCUUUAGGGGCUGGGGAGCUGAGAUGAACUGUGACACCAAUCCUCUGGAGGCUGGACUGGAUUAUUUCAUCAAACUGAACAAGCCUGCUGACUUUAUAGGCAAAGCAGCGCUUCAGGAGAUCAAAGCCAAGGGUCUGAAGAGGAAGCUUUCCUACAUCACCGUGGAUACAGACGAUAUCGACCCCGAAGGCAACGAAACCGUCUGGCACAACGGCAAGGUGGUUGGAAACACGACAUCCGGAGCCUACAGCUACAGCUCCCAGCAGAGCCUUGCUUUCGCCUACCUGCCUCUGGAGCUGUGCUCUGUGGGCCAGAAGGUGGAGGUGGAACUGCUGGGGAGGAAGUACCCCGCCAUGGUCAUCCAGGAGCCCUUAGUCCUCACCGAGCCCACACGGACGCGGCUGCAAAAGAAAGCAAAGGGCAAAGCAUAAGCACAGACUGUCCACAAUCAGUUUCUCACCAGCUAAUGAAGAACAGUUUUACUGUGUUACAUGAGUCUUAUAUGGAACAAACUGUACUGAGCUGUUUGUGUCUGAAAGUAAGCGGCCAGUUUAGGGAAAAAGAGUCACAUUUCUUCACAACUUCCUCUUCUCGUCUUGUGUCGAGGAAGAGGAAGCUGAGAACAGACUCGGCGUGUGAGAGUGCUUGGUGCUUCUUAUGAAUGUGAAGUGGUAACUGUUGAUGUUCUUGCACCACAAUGUCUUAGAGUGUUAGAAGAGUCAUUGACUUUUUGUAAUUCCAUGAAUUGGAUGUUUACAGGUCGGCAGUUGAGCCUUUUUUGGUGCUUGAUUAUUUAAUUUUCAGCAGAAAGGAUCAAAUGACAAAUGCCUUUUUUGUUUUAAAAAAAUGAUGCAGCUGCAUUUCAUAAUUGUUGAGACUUUGAGAAAUGUACACCAAUAAACAAAAGAAACAGAAUGCUGACAAACAUGCACAAAGAUUGUUUUAUUAAUCUGUUUUCUAUUUUCUUUUGCGCUAAUAUGUGUACAUUAAUACCCUGAUAAUUAAAACAAUGCACUCACUGUGUUGUA